AUGCUACCACUGAAGAGUCACAUCCGCGGGGCGAUGGUAUCGAUGAUGACCCGCGCCACUGCCUCACGGCGGCAUCACUCUCCGUGUGAAACCCCCGCGCCUGGGCGUCUUGACGCCAUUGGCACGGGGGACGGAAUCGGCACUUUCCUCGGAGGGACUCAGCUUCCCAUGGACCCCUCCACUUGCAUAUUUUGGUGUGCAGUUGCUCUGGGGGCUCUUGUCAAGGGCAACCCUCUUGAAUCGGUGGCGAGCUACUUUCGAUGGGCGAGAGUCUCGCUGGAUUCCUACACUGGCCCUGCGAACCCCGAGGUUGCAAAGGCAUGGACGAUCCUGGGAUACCUGUACGGCUUCAUGGGAGACAUGGCGAAGUUUGAAGAAUACCUGGGAUUUGCGGAUUCCUUCUUAACUGCUUCCAUCAAUGAAGGGUCGGCUGAUACGCUGCCAGCGGGAUUCGCCGAGAUAGUCCAUCGCAAGGACACCGUCAAGGUGUGCUCUGACAACCUGGACCCGGCGGAUAUGGAGUCAUUUUGUGCCCGACAUCGAGAUGCUCCACGGAUAUGCGAAGCUGUGAACGAUGGGGAGCUGUACAGAUACGUAACCCAAUCGUUCAAGGUAUUCCAGCAAGUCGCCUACGCGAAAGCUUGCGCCAAGAGUGCUUCUCGACGACGCUUGAGCGACGACCAGUGUCGCGCCGAGGGUGGAGAAGGCGUUAGUGCUAAAGACUGUGGCCCCCUGGAGGAUGACGUGUUGGAUGCCAUGGCGACUGGGCUGAGAGGCUACGUGAUCGAGUUUGACCAGUUGGAAGAGACUGCCAAUCGACCAAGAAUCCGAGCAGGCGUCGGUGGCCUUAUCAUCAACGGGACUCUAGUGUUUGAGAGGGCAGCAAAAGGGGAUGCAGAAGGAACGCUGGAGAGAAUACGCCACUGUGUCGAGGUGUUCGAGCGGUAUCCGGGUCUGUGUCGCUGUACGAUGAGGUGGUGCCACAUUGCACACGCUAUGCUAGCAGCCCUUGCGGCCGUCAACGGCUCUCAAGCUCGGCGGUUGUACGACCGGUUGCGGGUGGUCUAUAACGUGUCUCGCCCUCCUGAGUUGCGGCCCGUGCCAGCUUUAGAGGACUGGCAGGGGAUACCCUCAAUCUGCGACGACUUCCUUUGCAGGUGUAUAUGGAAGAACCAAGCUGAUCGUGGAGGCUUUCACCAGGAUCGAAGUCUGGAGUAACUUUUUUUGGUUCGUGCCGCAAGCACGCAACACCUCGUAGCGUUAACUCGCGUCGAACUGAGGCAGCCAAUCGGUCGGCUAACGUGGAAGAGGUCCUUGGUGUGGGGCUGCUCGUCACAUAACAUCGAUGAACCCAAUGGACUCGAAGGUGCCACUUGUGCUCCUUGCCCGUAUAGCCGCUGACUGGGUGGUCUAGUGGAUAAGCUCAUCAUGCGCACAAGACCUCCGUAUCAACAUUCAUACCGGUAUGACACUAUUCUACAAGUACCAAAUGUCAGUGUUCCUUGCGCCAGGACGAUUGAGGCCCUCAUCGCGAGUGAAGGCUUGAGCGUUUUCGCGACCCCGACCACCUGCACCAACGACUGCACGGCUCCAGGAAAGAACUCCGGGGAAGGAGUAGUGCGGAAUGUCGGAGAGGAAAUCCGGUCUAAAACCGUAUCGAUCGGCACGGUUUCCAAUGAAACCGUCGGAUUGAUCCCGGCUCCUUCGUGCGGCAGCGAAGCCUGUCUUGCGACGUCUGUUUGCACUUUGGAAUCCAAAGAAGAGCAGGAAGAGAUUCCGCUCGCCAGAUCUGGGCGAUCUCCUUCGCAUCUUCGAUUUGAGUCGAGCGGGGGCUUCAACACUGAUGGCCCCGUCGGCAGUGGUACGGUUGGCUUGGUCGACCUUGCUCCCGAUGAGCUGCACACAUCGCCGGUGUUUCGUGAGGCGGAAGGGGUGAUAGACGAGAUGGGUGACAACGAAAUUGUCGAUUGGCUAGACAAUCUCUAUACCGUGUUGGACUAAGUGGAUUACUGUGGUCCGGU